GGUUAUGUUGUUGUUGCGUUGCGUCUGCGUUUUCGAGCUGUGCUCUGUGCUUCAUCUCUUGUCCGAAUAGCCUUAUAAAUUGGAUUUUUCUAAUUGAUAAAUAAAUAUAAUUGAAUCGUAAAUAAUGUCUCUGGCGGACGAGCUACUCGCCGAUCUCGAGGAAAACGAUGACAGCGAUGCAUUUAUGGAUGAACCGGAGCCGGAUUUCGUACAACCGGCUGCGAUCCCAAAACCUAUGGAAGAAGAGAUCAAAGUGGCUUCAGUUAGAGAACUGACAAAACUCAGAGAUUCUGACCACUUGAAGAAAAUCAUGGCACAAAUUGAUAAAUACAGCAAACUACCUAGAAAAUCAGCAGACAUCGUUGGUCCUGUGGAAUCGGACCCGGAGUAUCAAUUAAUUGUUGAAGCCAACAACAUCGCAGCUGAUAUCGAUGACGAAAUUACUACGAUACACAGGUUUGUGAGAGACAAAUAUUCUAAAAGGUUUCCAGAAUUGGAAUCCCUGGUUGUUGGCCCUUUAGAGUAUGUAAUGACGGUCAGAGAAUUGGGCAAUGACCUCGACAGAGCAAAGAACAAUGAAACUUUACAACAAUUCCUAACACAAGCCACGAUAAUGGUCGUUUCCGUUACCGCUUCAACCACUCAAGGUCAAUACUUGACGAACGAGGAGAAAGAUGCGAUUUGCGAGGCAUGUGAUAUGUCGGUCGAUUUGAACAACUGUAAAUCCAAAAUAUUCGAAUACGUCGAAAGUAGGAUGGCUUUUAUUGCUCCAAAUCUUUCAGUCAUCGUAGGUGCAUCUACGGCAGCUAAAAUAAUGGGCGUCGCUGGAGGCUUAACAAAACUUUCCAAAAUGCCUUCCUGCAACGUCCUUGUUCUGGGAUCACAGAAAACAACCCUAUCAGGAUUUUCCCAGGUCACGGCUCUUCCUCAUACCGGAUUUAUUUACUAUUCGGACAUCGUCCAAGACACUCCACCGGAUCUAAGAAGAAAAGCGGCGAGACUCGUCGCAUCGAAAAGCAUGUUGGCUGCUCGGGUUGAUGCUUGUCACGAGAGCACCGAUGGUCACAUUGGACAGGCGCUGCGCGACGAGAUUGAAAAGAAAUUGGACAAAUUGCAAGAACCACCGCCCGUUAAAUUUGUUAAACCUCUGCCCAAACCAAUCGAUCCUGGCCGAAAGAAGCGUGGUGGUAAACGCGUUAGAAAAAUGAAGGAACGCUACGCCAUUACGGAAUUUCGAAAACAUGCUAAUCGCAUGAAUUUCGCUGAUAUCGAGAAUGACGCUUAUCAGGAGGACCUUGGAUAUUCGCGAGGAACGAUAGGCAAAGCGGGCACCGGUAGAAUCCGUCUGCCUCAAAUAGACGAAAAGACCAAAGUGCGAAUAUCGAAGACUUUGCAAAAGAAUUUACAAAAGCAACAACAAUGGGGCGGAAGUACAACGGUGAAAAAGCAGGUUUCGGGCACGGCCUCGAGUGUGGCAUUCACGCCGUUGCAGGGCUUGGAAAUAGUGAAUCCUCAGGCUGCCGAGAAAAAGGUCAACGAAGCAAACGCAAAAUAUUUUUCGAAUACGGCCGGAUUUCUCAAAGUCAAAAAAACGUAGAUUCUAUCUGUAAGAGCCGAGAGAAGAUAUCUUGUGAUAGACAAAUUCUUAUAUAAAAAAUCCUCUUUAUCUUCAACCAACGAGUCAACAAAUCCUAAUUUCGGGCGUCAUUUUCUCCCUCAUCUCAGCGUCCACUGACUUUCUUCGUUCUUUCAUUCAACGCACUCGCACGGUAUCUCCGUGUUUGAGAUCGCCCCUUACUUCCGUAUUUAACAGAUUUUAAAUUAUUGUAAGCUCUGAAAUAAUUUGUGUAUAUAAAAUAAAAAUUCAUGUACACCCUGAUAAA